UCAAAUUAAUUGCCACCAUGUCUCGCGUAUAUUUCUACUGUGGUCUCAGGCUGAGGUGAGACCGUCAGACCGAGAUCAGUGCGCAUCGGUCGGUCACGGGGGGCGGUCGCGCUCCGUCGGUUAACUUUUGUCGGCUUUCGUGUUUGUGAACCACAUGUAGUGAAGUCCCCCAGUCUAAAAUGUGCGCGCGCGAUGCCGUAACCAAGAUGGCCGACUAGACAAAAUGGCGGACGUUUUCGGCAAGAUGGCGUGGGGUGUGCUGCUGUUUGCGGUGAUCCUGGAGACUGCUAUCGGAUCUGGACGGUUCUCCGACCCGAAACUUGAGGAAGAUUUGGUGUCCACGGUGGAGGUGGAGGCCGUGGUGGGGCGGAGCGCCUCCCUGCCCUGCGACAUAGAGCCGGACACCAACGAAGACCGCGUGUACAUGGUGCUGUGGUUCAGGCAUUCUGGGGGGAAGCCGUUAUACAGUUUCGACGUCCGCGGCCGCAGUUUCAACAAGGCCCUCCACUGGUCCGACCCCCUGGCUUUUGGUCGCCGGGCCUACUUCGUGACUAUGUCUCGACCAGCAUCACUGGUCGUUGACGCGGUGCAGCUGGACGACGAGGGUGUAUAUCGGUGUCGAGUCGACUUUAAGAACUCGCCGACGAGGAACUUUCAGAUUCGACUCACCGUCGUUGUGCCUCCACAUAAGCUGCUGCUGUACGACGAGCAGGGCCGCGACGUCGCCGGUGUGGUCGGCCCCUUAGAAGAGGGCGGAAACUUCACGCUUCUCUGCGAGCUUAGAGGGGGCCGCCCGCAACCCACCCUAACCUGGCUGAUCAACAACAAGCCAGUAGAAGACCACACCCUUCUCAAGAACGACGGGAAAGUCAUGGUUUCCCGCAUCACAGUCAGUGGUGCGGAGCGAAGCUGGCUGAACCACACUGUGCGGUGCCAAGCAGCUAACACUCCUUUACUGAGCCCGCAUGAAAGGGCGGCCAGGGUUGAAAUGCAUUUACGACCAACCUCAGUGGCCAUCACGGACAAACCGGGGCAGAUGUCUGCGGAUACAGAAGUUACUCUGGUCUGUGUCAGCCACGGCAGCAGGCCGCCGGCUCAAAUCACGUGGUUCAGGGAAAACAGGCGGUAUACUAGAGGAAAGCAUAACGACUUCUCCAACGACACGACGUCUGUCAGUCGGCUGACGAUCGUCCCGCAGCCGGAAGACGACGGCGCGAUCAUGCGCUGUCGCGCUGACAACGCCAUACUUCGUACAGCGUUGGAGGACUCCUUCAAAAUGAGCGUCGUUUAUAAGCCAGUAUUAGCUAUGUCGCUGGGAAGCACGUUGAAUGCGAACGACAUCAAGGAGGGAGACGACGUGUACUUCGAAUGCAACAUCAGGGCGAACCCGAAGGAACACCGCAUUUCGUGGUUCCAUAACGACCAGCAAAUAAACCAGAACAUGUCUUCCGGCGUCAUCUUCAGCACCAAGUCGCUCGUGCUACAAGGCGUCACGAGGAGAGACGGCGGGUUAUAUACUUGCAGCGCCGCCAACCAGAUAGGGGAGGCGACCAGCCAGGCGGUGUAUUUGAGGGUGCAAUACACGCCCGUCUGCGCACAGCUAUCGCCCCUCCUGAUUGGUGCUAGAUUAGACGAGCCCCUGCGCGUGCGCUGCACAGUGAGCGCAGACCCAGCUGAUGUCACGUUCUCCUGGCAGUUUAAUAACAGCGGGGAGAGUUUUCAGGUGUCGCCUGCCAGAUAUGUGUCUACAGGCGGCACAGCGAGCGAGCUGCGUUAUCGCGCAGCGAGCGAACGCGACUACGGCGCGCUGCUAUGUCGCGCGACAAACGCUGUCGGCCGACAGAAGAGGCCGUGUGUCUUCCAAAUUGUUCCAGCAGCACGCCCGUCUCCACCUCGCAAUUGCACGGCGAACAGAGUCCUCACGAGCGGGGAAGCGUUCCUAUCAGUGCGAUGCCUGGCCGGCUACGACGGGGGCCUUAGUCAAAGAUUCACGUUGGACGCUCUGGGGGACAGCAUUAGAACGCUGGCGAACACCACAGCGUCUAAUUUUGACUUGGUGGUAUGGCUGAACGUCAGCUGGUCCGCGUUAGAAGCUCUCACAGAAGACGAGAUCCUCGGCGUGGUGGCCAGAAACAGCAAGGGCGCUUCUGAACCGGCGCUGCUAAGGGAGCUGGUCUUCCGCGAUGCAGCCAAGAGGACUGAAGAGACUACGCCUCGCAUUGCGACGAGGUUUCCCGCGGCGGCGGCGCUUGCGGCGUUGGCUGCUCUCAUUACUGCCAUCAGUGCUAUUGUGGUGCUGGCUGUUCGCAGACGAAACGAGAACACAUCAAGCAGCAAGCGCCCCUCCCAAUCCGUAGUGCAAGUUGACGCACAAGGCAGGCGGUACCUUAUCGCGUACCCACCAGCGGACAAGCUGGAAACUAAACCUGACAUCUUGAACCCUAAGCCUGAAAGUGAGCCACCGCGCGUAGUCCUGGAAUCCAGCGACAACAAAAGCUACACGAUCAGGGAGCAGGAGGUGGCAUACGCAACGCCCACCACACACGACCAAAUGAUGCCGGAGAGAUAACAAAAGGAAUAGCGGCUCUUGUAAAUAUAAAUGAAAAUGUUUAUUGUAAAUUCCAAAUUGCCAAUUGUAAUUUAGGGGCUUUGGUAUGGUAUCGUUUUUAUGUAUCGUAUCGACAUGUGGAUCAUUUUAAUUAUAGUUUUUUUUUGUUAUUUCUUAGAAUCAUGAGCUCAUUCGAUCCUAAUAAGAGAGUAGGAGUGUCCCAAGAUUUUUAUUUCCAUUUCGUUACCAUUUUUCUUAGACUUUGUAUAUUGUUCCAUUUUUACAUUGAAUAAUGUACCUGAAUAUUUAUCGUUCUGUGUAGAAAGGUACCUGCAAGGUGUAACAAAAAUAAUGGGGAUUCGUUUAAGGAAAAUGUAUAAUAUUUAUAUACAUCGUUGUCGAAGUACCCUCAAUACAAGCCUUAUUAAGCGUACUGUGGGACUUAGUCAAUUUGUGUAAUAAUUUUAUAAUAUUUAUUAAUUAUUAUUUUUGAUAAUAUUUCAUAACCGAUUAUUCAAAAAUAGAAUAACUGUUUACGGUUAUUUAUU